AUGCGGAAGCUGUUUUGACAACUCUCGUUAGAUGCUGCAACAAUGCAUCUAUCUGACGAGAGUGUUUGGUAAUCCACUGGCCAGUCGUGAAGACAAAACAGGCUACAUAUCUCCCAUUAAUAGAGAUAUCGUUUUUAUACGAGUUACCACCAUGAGGACCACGUUUCUCUUGUUCACAUUGUGUGUUUUCUGCUCCUUAGGCAAAGAGAGCAUCUCUGUCUCGCCAACUGAUGAUGCACCAACUACUAGCAGGGAGGUGAAAGUGAAGUCUCUAACAACACAAGAUCCACGACAACAAAAGUCUCCAGCCACUACAAAAAUGCCUUCUAAACCUAAACCUAAAGAAGCUCAUAUCCAAAAAGACAUCAAACCUACCCCGAAAAAUGACAAACCAAGUCAGCAAAGUGAUGUGAAGGAUGCUGGUAGUAAGGUUGUCUUACAAAACCAAAAACCAUCAGUUCCAGACCUAAGUCCAAAUAAGACAAAAGAAGUUAAGGAUAAAAAUAACGGAACAUUGGCUAAAUCUGAAAAUGUACAAACAUUAGAUGAGAACCAAGCUAAGAAGAUAAUCCCUGGACCAGAGGAAGUCGGGGCUGAAUCACAGGAUGUGGAUCAGGCAGUGGAAAAGAAAAAAGUUGAUAACAGCAAAGUGUUGCUUGACCCAUCAGGUUUUAAACAUACAGCAGAAAGCAGCCACUUCUUCGCCUACCUAGUUUCAACUGCAGUGCUUGUGGCUGUGCUAUACAUCACCUACCACAACAAACGCAAGAUCAUUGCAUUUGUUCUGGAAGGGAAGAGAACAAGAUCCACACGCCGACACACAUCUGCAGAAUACCAAAGACUGGAACAGCAGCCGUGACAAUGAUACUGAUGACCCCUUUCUCUCUAGAAGCCCACUGCACUGUGAGGUUUUGGUUUGUGUUUAGCAGGUGUUAAAUAAAUGUUUGAAUUUGUACUUUUAGAUGAUUUAUGGGUUACUAUGCAGUUGACAUUAUUGCCUUAUUUGGAUUUAAAUGAAAUGUAGUUAAGUUAAAGAAAGCAUGCAGGUUUUGCACUAGUGUUGAUUCACCUUUUGGUAAUCUUCUAUAACAGACCUGUCAAAGGUCCUGACUCAGGAUAUUUGUUUAAGAAUUCUGUUUGGAGCCCUGCCUUUGUAUACAGACUUUGGAGCAGUGGAUUUACACUGUUCCCUAAAUAAGCCAUUUAAAUUGUUGUAAAUAACGAGAUGAUGUGACGUGUAUCUGUGGUGAAAUGUUUAUAAUAUAAAUUAUUUUAACGUCGGCAAUAUUCCAAUUUAUAUUACUGUUGUCUGUAUUUGCUCCAUACUGCCCAAAGAAUGUAUUCGUGUAGCCUCACUUUAAGUGAUUGCCAAUUGCUUUUAAGCAUUCUGAACUAAGAUGCACCACUAUGCCAAUAAAAUACGAGGGGUAAUGAAAGAUGUCGUGAGAAUGUUCACUUUUCCUUAAAUCUGUCAGAUGAGCCCAUGAUUGCUGGCAAAUUUUCUGUAAAAUGUGCAAGAUGUAACAUUUAUUAUACUGUGACUUCACUGUUGAACUUUUAGUACCUGACAAUCUCAAAAUUAAAUCUUUUUUGACAAAUUAA